UAGGAAGCUCCUGGAAGAUGUGCUCUAUUAAUAUAAGGGAAUAAACCAGCAAGAAGAAAACAUCAUUCAAGGAAAAGAAGGGACCCAACACAGCAGAGAAGCAAAGGGGUCUCAGGAUGAUGGCGAAGGGAGGUUGUAGGAGGUUUCCAUUAUACCCCAAAGGAGGGGAGAAACUGCAAUUUGAUUAUGGUGUCUAUCUUCUGAACAAAAAUAUAGCACAGCUGAGAUACCAACAUGGACUUGGGACUCCAGACUUGAGGCAAACCCUUCCCAACCUGAAAAACUUCAUGGAACAUGGACUACUGGUCAGGUGCGACAGACAUCACACCUCCAGUGCAAUCCCUGUUCCAAAGAGACAAAGCUCCAUAUUUGGGGGUGCAGAUGGAGGCUUCUCUGGGGGCAUUCCUUCACCAGACAAAGGACACCGAAAACGGGCCAGCUCAGAGAACGAGAGACUCCACUACAGGACCCCCCCUCCCAGCUACAACUCGGCAGUAGCCCAGCCUGGGCCCACCGCCCCCUCCCUGGGAGAGUCUGAGAGAAAGACGACAACUCUGUCCUCCUCCUUGGAUACCUCCUUGGACUUCUCCAAAGAAAACCAGAAAACGGGAGUCGAUUUGGGCAACAGCUUAAACGUGGGCCCCGUGAGUGUAAACACUGGCCAAGAACAAGGAGAAGCCCUCCCUGGGCAUCCAGCCACGGUGAAUGGCUCUCUCCUACCCAGCGAGCAGGCCGGCCCCGCCAGCGCCCAGCUCCCGGGGGAGUUCCACCCCGGCUCAGAAGCUGAGCUCUGCUGUGCCGUGGAGCAAGCGGAAGAGAUCAUUGGGAUGGAAGCCACCGGUUUCACCUCCAGUGACCAGCUAGAAGCGUUUAACUGCAUCCCGGUGGACAGUGCUGUGGCAGUGGAGUGUGACGAACAAGUUCUGGGAGAAUUUGAAGAGUUCUCCCGAAGGAUCUAUGCACUGAACGAAAACGUAUCCAGCUUCCGCCGGCCACGCAGGAGCUCUGAUAAGUGAAGCGAGCAGACAGACAGUAGGUCCAGGACAGGGCUACUGCCUAAAAUGAGGAUGAAGCUGCACUGGUUACCCUUUGUAAUAAUUAUGACACAAAAUAAAUAUUAAUGGAGGAUAUUCCUCGGGAAAAUACACUUUGUGAAUGGAGGAGGGACUCAGGAUCAUUGUGUAUCAGUGGGCCAGGCGAGGUUAGGUUUUGCUUGCAAGAUGGGCUUUACAGGCCUGACCGUUGUUUGAAGGCAAGUCACUCUCUAGCUUGAGUCACCUUAUAGGUAUUCGUCUGCUUUUUUAUUUGCUCUUCUAUGUUAUCCCCAGAGGGAAGAUGAUAAUAUAUAUAAAGAAUAUAAUGAACUCACCUUUAGUUUCUCAAGCAUUUGCCCUCACCAGUUUAUAAAACUUUGGGAAAAAAUUGAAUAUUUAGAAAAAGAUUUCUACCAUUUACUGAAGGACCUUUGGCCAUUCAUUAGGCUGAUGAAUAAGAAGCACAAUAGUCUCCUUAGACCCAGGCGCAUAUGCCCCUCCCCUUGCCCCCAUGCCUCACAGGCAACCGAGAGACUCCACUGUUGCCCCAUUUCACAGUGGAUGCAUUGUGCACCCUGAAGAAAGGACAUCAGAUUCACGGGUUCUCUAAUACAGUAGCUCUGACCUUCCACCUCCGCUGAUCAGCCAUGGCUUUGAGGUAGCCCUCAAAUUCGGUGGAUCCCAGGGACCCUUGAGGACCCCAAGGUUGUGUAAUCAACUGGCAUCCAAUCCUCUUUGAGGGCCAGAGUGUUUAUGUGGGCAGAUGCUGCAAUCAAAACUAGGCGCUUCCUGGCAGUGCACUCACCAGGCAAAAUCCGCUUGUGUACAGCCCAUGUUAAUUUAUUACAUUGCAGUUGGAAGACAUUGUAUGUGAUGAAGUAUAUAUAGAGAGUCAGGCCAUCCAAUGUGCAAACUGCAAGGCAGUUGAGGUUGUCGGACUAAUACUAGAUGAGGUAUAGAAUACUAUUGAUAUGUGUGCACUUGCAUAAAUAUUAAAUUAUGUUUUUGAAGUCCAACUGUCAUUCCUGGAGCUCAAAUUUCGUUUGCUAUUGCUUUACAUUUUAUUUACCCAAGGAUAUCGCCUCAGGGUUGCAAGUUCUUUAAGGAAAAUUUAUCCGUGUAUCCAUGUAUUGUAUAGAGAAUAAAAAUUGAGUGUACUUCACUCGACCUGAUUUUUUUUUUUCCAGCUUCGAAUUCCUCUUGAAACUACGUUUCCAUGUAUUUCGUCAAGAUAGGACCAGCCCGAACAAAACUGGGGCUGCAUCUAAGCUAAUGUGUUGACUUCAUUUGAAUUUACCUGUUGUUAUAGCAACACAAACACCUUCACUGGUGUACUCUCUAGUAGCAUUUGUCCUACAUAACAUCUUAACUCAUAGGUUUCAUAAUCAUUUUCAUAUUUUUUCCAAGCAUUCCUGGGCUUGAUUUUAAUUUAUAGCCACAUUUGAAAUGGAAUAGCUCAUGUUGUUGUUUUCCAUGUAAAGGGAACUCACAGAAUCAUUGCAUGACAGACAGACCCAGCUCGCAAGCAAUUAAAAGCUUUAACUCGAUCUCAAGAAGUCCGUAUGAAUUCCACAUAAAAAGGUAGGCUAUUCCAAAGCUGGAGUAGAAGCCAUCUGUAGAGGCCCAGCUUCUUUGCACUGUACUGUCAUUCGUUUUAGAAUCAAAGAGGGUGGAGAUAGACACAGUCUAGAUAUACGUCAGACUGGUCUGUGGGCUCCUCCAAUGAAGUAACAGUACCCCGCCCCCCCCCCCCCCCCCAAAAAAAAGGUUUUGAAGGACUGUGUGAGAAUUAAACAAUGGACUGUGUGAGUGAAUCACAUGUGAUUGUGAUUUUCCAAGAUAUGAGAGUGGACUUAAAACUAUGCCAAACUCAGAGACAAGGUAUGUCCACUGCAGGCCCUACAGCCUGGCUCCUGGCAGCACCACACAGAGGGCCCCACUCAGAACCCCUGUCCCGGUGUUCAUCUCGGGUUCCAUGCGGCCAGAUGGCGCUCUGGGGCUCCAUCCACGCGACUCUCGUUUGUGAUUACCUGAUUCCUGGGUUCACAACGUUUCACCCCCCAACAGUGCCAUGAGUGUGAUUAGUUUGCUCAGAGCCGAUCAGUAGUUACCUAUACAUUUGCUUGAUCCACAGGGUCCAAUGAUGUUAGGCCUGAAAACACCACCUAGGUUUGGGUUUGUUUAGUUUGCAUUUUGUGUUUUCAUUUGAAUAUUUUUGAUGUCUGCAGUUUCUGUCAUGACCUGGGUAGAACCUGCAGUAUUCCAUGUCUCCAGAAAUAACUGUUCCAAUGUCUUCCAAUGCUGCAGAAUUUGUUUUGCCUCUAAAGUGGCCAUAGCCAAAGGAUGGGAUGAGUUAUCAUCUACUAAUCUUUCUAGUCUUGUAAAUCACUAAAACAUCAAGUUUGCUUCAAGGAUGGCUAGACGUUGAAGUGAAAGCUCACCACUAUCCAAUUCUGCACGACUAAGAGCCCUUACAGCUUUCAUGUAGCUGAGACACUUUUAACAGCCAGCAAAUGUUAUCAAAUGGAUAUUUGAUUGUGUUUUCUCUCUCCACUUCCUCUUACCCACUUUAGAAAUUCCAGAGAUUUUUCCCCCCUCAGAAUAUUAGUUUUGGAAGAUUGUAUCCAGCUAUAUUUUUUUAGCAGUUCUAAUGGUGCCCAUUUACCCUGACCUAGCCGGUUAUUUAAAUAAUUUUUUAAGCCACCACCAAUAAUAAAUGGCAUGUGAAACUGAUCUGUUGGUAAUUGGAAGAAAACUCAGCAUCUGUAUUUAUAAAAUAAAAUUGAUUAGUAUUUA